UGACGCAGGGCACGCUGUUUGACGUCAUCGUGGGAGUGUCUCGUCGAAGAAAUGAACGGUCAUCAACACAAUCCUCUCAGCGCCCAUCAUGUGAUUUUUCUAAAUGAAAAUGGAGAUAGCUGACUAGUGCUGGACAGUUCCACCAGACGUUUGAAGCAAUUACUGGGACAUAGCAAAGCUGGAGGAAGUUGCUUUGCUCAUUAUAUUGUUCAUGCCGUAAAGGCCCCACACCAUCUGCUGAUGAGCACAAGUGAAGCUCAUCAAGAGUUGUAAGUUAGAAGAGGAGAGGUUGGCCUGAUGAAAAGCAUGACAAUGAGCCAAUCUACAGAUGCAUGUCCACAGAAAAGCCCUAAGUGAGCACCAUCCCCUAUGCGUCCUGGCUUUGCGGCAGCCUGACAGGGGCGUGGGGUGUCGACGGGGUGUAGCUAGUGACCCCUGCGCUUCACGUAGGACCUCUCUGUGACACUGGAGGUCUCUGAUGGAUCAGGUUAGUGGUGAGCCGAGUCCGGACGAGCCAGACGCAGGGGGGCGAGCAGAGCCGGAGGUCGGCCGGAGGGCUUCAGAGCCAGAGCAUGGCUUGUCCAAAAUCACCCACAAUGCCCUAGAGAACAUGGGAGCGUUGGGCCAUGGUCUGAAGCAGCUCUUCCAGCCACAGCGCCGACGCUCCUCCGUUUCCCCGCACGACUCCGGCUCUUCCUGCGCAGGCGCCUCUCCCUCCGGGCCGGCCGAUGUAGGGUCAGACGUAGGGGACAGUCCCGCAUCUACUGCACUCCCUGUGGAUUCUGACAACACCACUGCCUCCGCCCCUCCCGCAGCUCUGAGCCGUGUCCUGCAGCAGAUCCGAGGUCCUCCGCCCAUGAUGAGGAGAGGCACGAGCCUGCAAAGCCGGCGCAGCAAAACCAGCUCUGGAGAGGGGCCCCAGAAAGGGAGCCCCCAGAUCCACCGGAGGAGCACCCAUGAAGCUCUGCUGCAGGCGGGACGCCCACGCUCAUCCUCCACCACAGACACCCCCAGCAGCCCAGCCCUCACGGACAUGCUGCUAACCUCUGGGUACCACUCCACAGAGGAACCGGACAAGUUGGACCGCUAUGAUGGUGCAGGGCCUGCUGUGUCGCCAAAUGCCCUGUAUGGGGCAGAUGGAUAUGAUGUAGUGGACAGCACGCCUGACCCUCAGCGAACCAAGCAAGCCAUUUCCCAGCUACAACAGAAGAUCCUGAAGCUAACCGAACAAAUUAAAAUAGAACAAACUGCUCGUGAUGACAAUGUGGCUGAAUACCUGAAACUAGCUAAUAAUGCAGACAAGCAGCAAAGUGCACGCAUCAAGCAGGUCUUCGAGAAGAAAAACCAAAAAUCGGCUCAGACCAUCCAACAGCUGCAGAGGAAACUGGAGCACUCCCACAGGAAGCUCCGAGAGGUGGAGCACAAUGGCAUCCCACGACAGCCCAAAGAUGUACUUCGAGACAUGCACCAGGGACUCAAAGAUGUCGGAGCCAAGGUGACAGGUGGGCUUUCCAGUUUCUCCCAGGCCACUCACUCUGCUGCUGGAGCUGUGGUGUCAAAGCCACGGGAGAUUGCCUCUCUCAUCCGCAACAAGUUUGGCAGUGCAGAUAACAUUGCAGCGCUAAACUCUCUGGAUGAAACACAGGGGGAUGAGGCUGUGGCCAGGGCUCUCGGGACAGCGCAAUUGCAAUCCAUUCCCAAAUAUGGCAGUGAGGAUGACUGUUCAAGUGCUACGUCAGGCUCUGCUGAGGCUAACAGCACCACUGGAGCUCCAGGCGGACCCCCUAAUUCAAAGGGCAGUACACUGGAACAUGGCCAGACUUUAGGCUUUGAUGCGAUAUUUCAAGAGAUGCAAGAGCUUCAGGAAAACAAAGGGAGACUUGAGGAAUCAUUUGAAGGUAUAAAAGCUCACUAUCAACGCGAUUACACCAUGAUCAUGGAGGCACUGCAGGAAGAGCGAUUCAGAUGUGAACGCCUAGAAGAACAGCUUAACGAUCUGACAGAACUACACCAAAAUGAAAUUUUAAACUUAAAGCAGGAACUAGCCAGCAUGGAGGAAAAAAUAGCUUAUCAGUCUUAUGAAAGAGCCAGAGACAUACAGGAGGCGCUGGAGGCCUGUCAGACUCGUAUUUCCAAAAUGGAGCUGCAGCAGCAGCAGCAGCAGGUGGUGCAGCUGGAGGGCCUGGAAAAUGCCACGGCACGAACUCUUUUGGGAAAACUCAUUAAUGUCCUGCUCGCCGUCAUGGCCGUGCUGCUGGUGUUUGUGUCCACUGUGGCCAACUGUGUCGUCCCCUUAAUGAAAACGCGCAGCCGCACUCUAUCAACUCUGCUCUUAGUGGUCGUUUUGGCCUUUUUCUGGAGGCACUGGGAGUCUAUCUCCGAGUAUCUGCACCGCUUUCUCUUGGACCGAAGAUGACCAGCUUAAAAAUAAACUACUGACAGUGGGCUUGUGAAGGGAGAGCCCAGCAUAGAGGGACAUUUGAAAAGCUGUUGACCAAUAACCAGUCUUUGGUGCAAUGGUGGCUUGAGAGCACAUAUAAGGGUAAAUUCAGACGUACGAGAUGCUGAGAGAACUGCACAUUUGAUUUCUCUCUUCUGAGUCAAUUUGUUUACAUGUGGAAACCUUUGCUUUGUUUCCCCACAGCUGUAAUUCAAGAGUUUUAUUACCUGCUUGAUUCAAGUGGUGUCGUUUUGAAGUCAUUGCUGUUUUUACAAACUAUUGGUGGCUUUUCUUUUAACUGUAAUGAACUACCAGUGCUCUGCUGAGUAACAUGUCCCUUUUUAUUACCUGCUAUUUAUAAGUUUGUGGAGCUGAUUUUGAUUCACAGUUUCUACUAUGAUCUGUACUUUUUAAUCAGUAUUUUUAUCUAUUUCUAUUUCAGCUUGCGCAGCCGUUAUCCCCUUUACUAAACAGCACUUCCCUUUGCUUCUCACAGCACUAAACUAUGAAUGACAACUUGCAUCUGUAAAUUUGCCCUGGAAUCAGACUGGCCAGUUGGAUCCAUGAAUAAUAGAAAUCAUUUUAGGAUGUUUUUUGUGUGAAGUCAGAAUCACUGGUUUUGCCACAACCAGGACUUAAGGACACUGAAAUUGGUGUUGUGACCCUGCCCACUGGGCCUGUGGAUCCCUCUGUCCUGGAGGCUUUCCCUGUUGAAGUUAUCUUUGACAUACUUGAAGAGCAGUUAAAAGUGCUCAAAGACUCAGUGCUUCCGUACGGUUUCUAUUAGUGACAAUGAAAUAGUAAGACUUUAGUUUUUUUUUUAUUUUUGAAAAUAAAUUUGGUGUUUAAAAUGU